AAAGACGGCGGUUUCUUACUAACAAGGGGACAACCGCUCUCAAGAAAUGAUUUUACAAAUGCAGAGAGACACAAUUUAGCAAUAGUUCUUGAGAAACGCACGGAAAAGGAACAUAUUGUACUCUUAAAGAAAAAAGAAAGAACGAGGAGAAAGGCAAUAGUUAUUUUUGUGAACAAUUACGAAUUCUCUUGGUUAGAGCAACUAACAUCGAUCUUAAACGACGAGAAUAAUAUCGCGAGAAUAAUUUUAGUGGGGCAAGAAGAUUCGGAAUGCGGUUUAUUAGGUCUCAUAAAUUGUUUGAGGAGAGAACCAGGUGGAGAAUUAAUAAGAGGUGUGUUGAUCCAAGACGAGAAGGCACCGAAAUUUUCUUUAGACGAGCCGUUAUACGCGGAGCAACUCCAGAUCGAUCUCAUCAUAAAUGUUUUGCGUCCGGGAAUGAUAUGGGGAUCAUACAAACAUCUUCCAUUAGCACCUUUAGCGCCAAAACUCUCAUAUCAUGCUUUAGUCAAUCAAAUGUACGGAUUAUAUGUAAAGACAAAGAUGAAGAAAGGCGACAAGAUAUUAAUUCAUUCUAUGAAUAUUUUGUCGCCUUUCUUCAUCUUUGUCUUUACUGGUACUGGCGCCGUAGGUCAAGCGGCGAUUCAACUCGCGCUUCACGAAGGCUGCGAAGUAUUCACAACCGUCGGCACUCCGGAAAAGCGAAAGUUUAUAAGAAAAACUUUUCCAUCUAUUCCAGACGAUCAUAUUGGAAAUUCGCGCGACACUAGUUUCGAGCAAAUGAUAUUCCGAAAGACUAACGGUCGCGGCGUAGAUAUCGUAUUAAACUCAUUAGCUGAAGAGAAACUUCAGGCUUCUAUUCGUUGUCUCGCGAGAAGAGGACGUUUCUUGGAAAUUGGAAAAUUUGAUUUUAUGGCUAAUAAUAUAUUGGACUUGUCAGUUUUUUCGAAAGGUAUUACAUUUUACAGCGUUAUGUUGGACAACUUAUUUUCGGCUACAAAGGAACGAAGAAUGGUAUUGAAUAAGGUCCUAGUCAAUGGCCUUAUUAGCGGCGCCAUCAAGCCAAUCAGCAGAAAAGUUUCCCAAAGAGAUGAAAUUGAGUCUGCAGUUAGAUACAUGGCAGCUGGAAAGCAUAUAGGAAAAUUAAGUCUAUAAUUAAUUAAAAUACUUCGACAUUUUGUUGUGUUCUCUUCAGUUUCCUGCGGUAGAGGCAAUGCCGGACAGAGCAAUUACGGUAUGGCAAACUCUGUUAUGGAAAGAAUUUAUGAGAGAAGAGUGCAAGAAGGUUUACACGGACUGGCGGUUCAGUGGGGCGCAGUAGGCGAUGUCGGCCUCGUGGCCGACAUGCAAGACGACGAUAGGGAAAUGGUUAUUGGCGGAACUUUGCAACAAAAGAUAAGCUCCUGCAUCGAGAAAUUAGAAGAAUUUUUGUUACAAGAACAUCCCGUAGUGGGGAAUAUGGUUGUAGCUGAGAAGCGUUCAGACGCUUUUAGCGCAAACAAUAUUGUUGAAACCGUGGCCAAUAUUAUGGGCUUGAAGGAUUUGAAUAACGUGGCUCGCUACACAUCUUUGCCCGAGCUCGGCAUGGAUUCGAUGAUGGCUGUGGAAAUAAUUAAACAGUUGGAACGGGAAUUUGAUGUUUACCUUACAACGCAGGAUAUUCGUUAUCUCAAUUUUGCCAAACUUAUAGAAAUGUUUGACGAAAAUACUUCGAACAAUAAAAACGUUCGAGAUGUGAACGAAUUAAAUGACAUUAAACUGCUCGUUCGUUUGAUAGGUAACGAUCUAAUACCCGAUGUGUGUAUGGAUUUGCCAACAAAAAGGAAUAUGACGAGAAGCGAAAUAUUUCUAUUGCCAGGAAUGGAAGGUUGUGGAAAUAUAUUCGAUUCGUUGGUACAACAUAUCGAAGCUCCAGCAACGUGCUUACAACAUGGAGCAUAUCAUAUCGGCACGAACUGUACUUCAAUAAACGAGAUCGCAGAUCGUCUUUUAAAACAUAUUUUGAGCAAAAAGAAAUUGAAUCAGGAUUUUGUAAUAGUGGGUUAUUCAAUGGGAUCUUUGAUCGCAAUUGAGUUAGUGCGAAAGUUAGAAGGCAUGAAUCUUCAAGGCAGAUUAGUGCUUAUCGAUGGCGCACCUGAGCAAGUGAAAGCAUUAGUAAAUAAUUAUUUAUCUUUUAAUACGUUUAGUGAACUCGAAAAUAAUAUUCUUUUGAGUAUAAUGGAUAUUAUACAACCAGUACUUAGUGGAAAGCUUCUUUUGGAGUUAAAUAAAUGCACCAACUGGGAUGAAAAAUUAGAUGUUUUUACAAAUUAUGUUUCUCCAAUUUAUAGAAAAUUGUCAGUUGACAAUAACAAAUCUUUGUGUACAACAAUUUACGAGCGGGUAAUCGCUGUUCAUGAAUAUGAUGUUACACAAUUCCCGAAAAUUGAAACACCGAUAAUCCUUUUAAAGCCUAUGAUACAAUCAUUGUCUUUUUCUCAGGAAAAUUACGGUUUACAUAAGGUAAGUUGUAUGGUGAUUAUAAAAAGAUUACUUGUAUAGCAGAAUUACUUUAU